AUGAAGAAAUUGGAAGCACGCGAAGCGGAUGUGGAGCAUCUUACAGGAAUGCUAUCACAGGAUCCAAAACCAACUGACAAAGAUCAACCUGAAAAGCCCCCAAAAAGGACCAGAGAAAUAGUGGGACAGCAUGCCGCAACCAUUGCCCAAACCAAGGAUGGUACACAGAGAAGAUCAGUGUCAAAGUUAUUCAAGAUGAACCAGCGCUGCAAUGUACAGGGAGAAUAUGGUAACAAGACAUUGAAUGAGGCUUGGCCCAAAUUUCUGUCCGUCACAUUCUUUAAAGACAAAGUUGUGGAGUGGCCAGGACACUUUGGCAAUGUCUCAUCUUGUAGGGAGGAUCCAUUGGUAACUUGUCUUGGGUUGCACAACCGGGACCAACUCUGCAAUUUUGUGGAAUAUUUAUGCAAAAGGCUGGAAGAUAUUCAAUUUGUGUCAGACAAACAUGACUUGGAUAAUAUGGUCUUUGGGAAUCGCGGCAGAGCCGUUUCUCAGAAGAAACUUUUGAAUAUGGUUAACUACGUUCAGAAAUGUAGAGAGAAUCAAGAUACCUGCGGCGGUUUGAAAACGAUCGAUAGACGAAACAGUCCGCUGCUGCUGGAAGAGGCAAAGAGGCCACUUAGAGGAGAAGUCGAUGAUCCUUUGCUUGAUGACUGA